CGGUGAUUGGAGAGGGUAACUUUUUCUAUAUAACCCGUUGCUCGGCCGGCAGUCUCUUCAUAAUCUAACAGUUAUAUAUACAGUACGAUACACAUUGACGGUGCAGUUCUCGUUGAGGAAUCAGUUGCUUACCCAUCCCUUGAACAAGAUGAUCCUGGCACCCGUCGGCCUAGUGGUGAUCCUUGCGGCCCUGGUUGCCGCAGAUCCAGCGAUCAGCGAGGCUCGACCUCACAGCAAUCGUCCCGGCAGAUUUCUGUCUCUACCCGUUGCACAAAAAUGCGCGAAUCGACCAAAGGAAUUCCAAUACAGAGGGCAUAAUUACUUCUUCAGCGGACACGUGCCAGCCCAUUCGAAUCAGAAAGUCGAUUGGUUAGACGCUAGGAACAUCUGCCGAGAAUACUGCAUGGAUUUGGUGUCUAUGGAAACUCAGGAAGAGAACAAUCUUGUCUUCCGACUUAUACAGCAGAACAACGUGCCGUACAUCUGGACUUCGGGUCGUCUCUGCGACUUCAAGGGAUGCGAAAACCGUCGUGACCUCGAGCCGAAAGCUCUGAACGGAUGGUUCUGGUCGGCUAAUCGCGAAAAGAUAUCGCCCACGAACCAAACGCCAAUUGGUUGGGGCUACAAUCCUUGGUCACAGACCGGUCACAAGAAAGUCCGUCAGCCCGACAACGCUGAGUUUGACAUAAACGGUACCAACGAGUCUUGCCUCUCGGUUCUCAACAACGUUUACAACGACGGAAUAGCGUGGCACGACGUUGCCUGCUACCACGAGAAACCCUUCAUCUGCGAAGAUUCAGAAGAACUUUUGAACUACGUCGGCAGCACCAACCGUGGAAUCCGUUUGUAAUUUUAAGAUGAAUUGUAUUGUCGCAAAAUUUGAUACAACGGUAACGAAUCAGUGACUCUUGUUGUCAUUACGGCCACGAAUAUUGUUCACGUGAAUAAGCGCUAAAUUUAUUCUUACUUUCGUCACCGUGUGGUGAAUUUCACGUCAAUCUACUAUUCGGUCACGUGUUUGACAUUCUACGGAAGGAAGAGGUGAUUCACUGAUCGGAAUACCAUAGUUGUACACUAUCACUUUUCACGUUCACAUAAUAAUAUUAACACGUGAUUAUAAGCGAAUCGUCAUGACAAUAUAUAAUUCAUUCUAUUUUAUUUUCAUUUUUUUCAUACGACCAGUGUAAACGAUACACGAUUGGCGAUUAAUUCACCUGCAGCUGCUAAUUGCAGUUUACCUUGUUACCUGUGUAGCCAGUUUUAAUUAAAUGUCCUCAUCGUGUGACUAAAUUCGAUGACACGUAAGUUAUACAUACCUAUACGUAACUGCAUAAUUUCUUCAUGACUAUUUGAUCAUAAUAUUAUUCUAUAUUUAUUACGACGAAUUUUUGUCUGUGCGUGCGUCUCUUACUUUAUAAUUUCUACAUCAAAUAGACUACAAUAGACGUAUCCAUAAUCGUU